CCAAUCUUUAAUGGAGAGGGUUACCACUACUGGAAAACCCGAAUGCAAAUUUUUAUCGAGGCAAUAGAUCUAAAUAUCUGGGAAGCCAUUGAAAUAGGGCCUUAUAUACCCACCACAGUAGAAAGAGUUUCAAUAGAUGGUAGUUCAUCAAGUGAAAGCAUAACCAUAGAAAAACCUAGAGAUAGAUGGUCUGAAGAGGAUAGAAAACGAGUACAAUACAACCUAAAAGCCAAAAACAUAAUAACAUCUGCCCUAGGAAUGGAUGAAUAUUUCAGAGUUUCAAAUUGCAAGAGUGCUAAGGAAAUGUGGGACACUCUUCGAUUAACACAUGAAGGAACUACAGAUGUUAAAAGAUCUAGGAUAAAUGCACUAACUCAUGAGUAUGAAUUAUUUAGAAUGAAUACAAAUGAAAAUAUUCAGAGUAUGCAAAAGAGAUUUACACAUAUAGUAAAUCAUCUAGCAGCCUUAGGCAAAGAAUUUCAAAAUGAAGAUCUUAUAAACAAGGUGCUAAGAUGUUUAAGUAGAGAAUGGCAACCCAAAGUAACGGCUAUUUCUGAAUCAACAGAUAGCGGAUGCUCAAAACAUAUGACUGGAGAUGCAUCAAAUUUUACACACAUAUCUCCAAAGAAAAGCGGGCAUGUAACAUAUGGUGACAACAACAAAGGUAGAAUUCUUGGAGUGGGUAAAAUAGGUACAAAUUCUUCAAACUCCAUUGAAAAUGUUCUACUUGUUGAAGGUCUUAAGCAUAGCCUGCUUAGCGUUAGUCAACUAUGUGACAAAGGCUAUCUAGUAUCAUUUGAUUCUCAGAAAUGUCUUAUAGAACAUAAGCAUGACAUUGAUAUAAAGCAUGUAGGACAUAGAGUCAAUAAUGUUUACAUGAUAGACUUAAGCAUAAAACAAGAAAACAAUCAUUGCUUUCUAAGUAAAGAUGAUGAUCCAUGGUUAUGGCAUAAAAGAAUUGCUCACAUAAACAUGGAUCACUUAAAUAAAUUAAUUUCAAAGGAUUUAGUAGUUGGUUUGCCUAAAUUGAAAUUUGAAAAAGAUAAAUUAUGCGAUGCAUGUCAAAAGGGCAAACAAACAAGAGUCUCAUUCAAAUCUAAAAAUGUUGUUUCAACCACUCGACCAUUACAGUUAUUGCAUAUGGAUCUAUUUGGUCCAUCUAGAACCAUGAGUUUUGGAGGAAAUUACUAUGCUUUAGUUAUAGUUGAUGAUUUCUCUAGAUAUACUUGGACAUUAUUUAUUACACAUAAAAGUGAUUCAUUCCAUGCAUUUAGGAAACUUGCUAAAGUCAUACAAAACAAGAAAAAUCUCAAGAUUGCAUCCAUUAGAAGUGAUCAUGGGGGUGAAUUUGAAAAUAAAGAUUUUGAAUUAUUUUGUGAUGAACAUGGUAUUGAACAUAAUUUUUCUGCACCAAGAACUCCUCAACAAAAUGGAGUUGUUGAGAGGAAAAAUAGGUCAUUGGAAGAAAUUGCAAGAACUUUAUUAAAUGAUACUUCUCUUCCAAAGUAUUUUUGGGCUGAAGCUGUCAAUACUGCAUGUUACAUCAUGAAUAGAGCCUUGAUAAGACCUAUUUUAAAGAAAACCCCAUAUGAGUUAUUUAACGGUAGAAAACCUAAUAUUUCUCAUCUACAUGUUUUUGGGUGCAAGUGCUUUGUACUUAAUAAUGGUAAAGAUAAUCUAGGAAAAUUCGAUGCAAAAUCUGAUGAAGGCAUUUUUCUUGGAUAUUCUUUACAAAGCAAAGCAUAUAGAAUAUAUAAUAAGAGAACUAUGAAUAUAGAGGAAUCCAUUCAUGUUACCUUUGAUGAAUGGAAAACUUCAAGAGAUCAUCCCCUCGACAAUAUUAUUGGUGAUAUCUCAAAAGCAAGAUUAGAAGCCAUUAGAAUGCUUUUGGCAUAUGCAUCCAUAAUGAACUUUAAACUUUAUCAAAUGGAUGUUAAGAGUGCCUUUUUAAAUGGCUUAAUUCAAGAAGAGGUAUAUGUUGAACAACCCCCUGGUUUUGAAAUUUCUGAUAAACCAAACCAUGUUUAUAAAUUACAAAAGGCUCUUUAUGGUUUGAAACAAGCCCCUAGGGCAUGGUAUGAACGAUUAAGUAAUUUUCUUCUUGAAAAAGAAUUCUCCAGAGGUAAAGUGGAUACCACAUUAUUCAUAAAGAGAAGGCAUAAUGAUAUUUUGUUGGUUCAAAUAUAUGUUGAUGAUAUAAUUUUUGGAUCCACUAAUGAUUCAUUGUGCAAGGAGUUUUCCCUUGAUAUGCAAAGUGAAUUUGAAAUGUCAAUGAUGGGAGAACUAAAGUACUUUCUGGGAUUACAAAUCAAGCAAACUCAAGAAGGUAUAUUCAUCAAUCAAUCCAAAUACUGCAAGGAAUUGAUCAAAAGAUUUGGGAUGGAUAGUGCAAAACACAUGUCUACACCGAUGAGCACUAAUUGUUACUUAGAUAAAGAUGAAUCUGGUCAGUCUAUAGACAUAAAACAAUAUCGAGGUAUGAUCGGAUCUCUUCUUUAUUUAUCUGCUAGUAGACCUGAUAUUAUGUUUAGUGUAUGCAUGUGUGCUAGGUUUCAAUCCAACCCCAAACAAUCACAUCUAAGUGCAGUAAAGAGAAUCAUGAGAUAUCUAUUAGGAACAAUCAAUUUAGGAUUAUGGUAUCCUAAAAAUUCAACAUGUAACUUAAUAGGAUAUUCUGAUUCUGAUUUUGCCGGAUCUAAAACUGAUAGAAAAAGUACAAGUGGAACUUGUCAAUUUAUUGGAUCGGCUCUCGUCUCAUGGCAUAGUAAGAAACAAAACAGUGUUGCUUUAUCUACUGCUGAAGCGGAGUAUAUCUCUGCCGGUAGUUGUUGUGCACAAAUUUUAUGGAUGAAGCAACAAUUAUCUGACUAUGGCAUCAUUCUUGAUCGCAUACCUAUUAAGUGUGAUAAUACCAGUGCCAUAAAUCUAUCCAAAAACCCAGUUCAACAUUCAAGAACUAAACACAUAGAGAUUAGACACCACUUUCUUAGAGAUCAUGUCUUAAAGGGAGAUUGUGUAUUAGAAUUUGUUGAUACUAAGAAUCAACUUGCUGAUAUUUUCACUAAACCUCUCCCCAAGGAAGUGUUUUUCUCUAUUAGAAGAGAAUUAGGUCUCUUAGAUCAUGAAGGGCAGCUGUGGGCAAGAGUCUUGCAAUCCAAAUAUGGAGGGUGGAGGGGUCUAGAAGAAGAACCUGGCAGCAAUAAAGAUUCAUUGUGGUGGAGGGACCUAAAGCUAAUCUUUCAAGCCUCACAACAGGGCGAGCAGCUCAAAAAAGGAACCGUGUGGAAGGUAGGGAGAGGGGACAGGGUUAAAUUUUGGGAAGACGAAUGGAUACAAGGUGAGGCCUCAUUAAUCACAAAGUAUCCAAGACUGUAUGUAGUCUCCCAACAACAGAAUCAGAUAAUACAGAAGUUGGGAGAAUUCAAGGAUAAUGUAUGGGAAUGGAACUUGUCAUGGAAGAGGUCGUUGUUUGAUAAUGAGAUAACAAUGGCUUCAAAUUUCCUAACGGACAUUGGGACGAAUACAAUACAGAGAAAUAGAAAGGAUGAGUGGGUGUGGAAGGAGGAUCAAAGUGGAAAAUUCACAGUGCAGUCAGCUUAUAAAUUAUUGACAAGGGAAGCAGUUGAGGGGGAAAAGGAUCGAGCAUUUGAGGAGCUGUGGAAUUUAAAGGUGCCAAGCAAAGUUGCAGUUUUUGCUUGGAGGCUUCUUAGAGAUAGGCUGCCUACUAAAGUUAAUUUGUAUAGGAGACAAGUAGAGGUUGCGGAUAGAAGCUGUCCAUUUUGUGGAAAUAUGGAAGAGGAUGCAGGGCAUUUAUUUUUUCACUGUAGCAAAAUCCUCCCCUUGUGGUGGGAAACACUAUCUUGGCUGAAUAUUUCAGCAGCUCUACCGAUUGACCCAAAGCAACAUUUUCUCCAACAUGGUUCCAUAAUGGUUGGUGGCACAAGGAUUAAUAGAUGGAAGUGCUGGUGGCUUGUUGUAACUUGGACAAUAUGGCAGAAAAGAAAUAAGAUUAUCUUCAACAAUGAGUCCUUGGACAGCAACAAACUGAUUGAUGAUGCGUCUUUUCUUUUGUGGACAUGGUUGUCAAAUCUGGAGAAAGGCUUUGCAGAACACUUCAAUCAAUGGUCUACUAAUAUCAGACAGGGCUUUUUGUACUAG